AUGUCCAUCUACCAGCUCGCUCGGCUGCUCCCCCUGCCAGAUGAUGAGCUUCAGCAGGUUCUCGACUAUGCCUCGACCCUCUCCAAACCCGAAGCCGUCACACACUUCAGCAAUCUCCUUGGCGAUGCGCCCGCCGUAAUCGAUUUUAUAUCCACAUUCAAUGCUCGCCGAAAAGAUCCCGCCGCUCCCGCAGCUGCUCCAGCCCCUCCAGCUGCUUCGACAUCCAAAGCUCCGUCAAAAGCGCCAUCAAAGGCUCCAAAGCCUGCAGCUGCCGAAACAAUAGAGCCUGUGCCGAAAUGGAACAAGCAACCUAAGAAGAAGAAAGCGCCGCUGCACACGCCAGAAGCUCGAAAAGUCGACGAUUAUGCUGGUCCAUCUGGAAAGGCAUACAACAAGAAGGAUUCCGAUCUAGAGUACAUAUCUCAGCGAUCCAGUGCUCCAAGCAGCAAUCGCCCUUCAAGACCGUCCUCGCCGGCAAGGCCCUCCAUUAAGGAACCCACCGUUACAGCAACAGCGCAGCCUACCAAGGUCGAGGCGCCUGUACCAAAGCAAUCGAAUUCUACUGCGGGUGGCUACCUCAUAUCCGACGGCCCAAAGAAGUCAAAACCCAAGUCUACACCGGUCUCUCGUACGUCGACGCCGAAGCCAACCAACACUGGAAAUGUCACCAAGAUUUCUAUUUCAGGAGGUGUGCCAAUGGCUGGCCAGUCUACAGCGUUGGCCGAUCUGGAUGCGGCCAUCCGGUCUCUGGAGAUUACAACGAACCCAACGCUAGAGAAGGAUGCCAAGUCAAGAAAAUGCAACUGCGUCGCAGCUAGACACCCUCUUCAAGCUGCUGCGCCCAACUGUCUCUCUUGCGGAAAAGUCAUCUGCUUAAAGGAAGGCUUGGGCCCAUGUACGUUUUGCGGAACACCACUACUAAGUUCCGACGAAAUCCAAGCCAUGGUCAGAGAGCUUAAAGACGAGCGUGGCAGGGAAAAGAUGGCGGCGAAUGCAGCAGCUCAUCGCAGGGCAGACGUUGCCAAGACACCUGCACCGUUUACGCCGCCGCGGGGGAUGGAUACCGAUGCUCCGUCACUGUCUGAGGCGGCUGCCAAAGCACGAGACCACCGAGAUAAGCUGCUCAACUUCCAGGCACAAAAUGCCAGGCGAACAACAGUCAGAGAUGAAGCAUCAGAUUUUGACGUUUCGGGUGCCAUGAGCGGAAUGGGCAGCAUGUGGGCGACGCCCGAAGAACGAGCAAAGGAGCUGAAAAGACAGCAGAAAAUCAUGCGAGAGAUGGAAUGGAACGCACGGCCAGAGUACGAGAAGCGGCAGCAGGUUAUUAGCAUUGAUCUUUCUGGCCGUCGAGUUGUGAGGACCGUUGCACCUGUUGAACGGCCAGUGACACCAGAGGAGGAUGAAGCUGAGGAUGUAGACUCUGGUGUCCUACAAGAGACUUCCGGAAACAGGAAUGCCGGCGGGGCAUUUAGCACAAAUCCGCUCCUGGGAGCCGUAAUGCGGCCUGUUUACGAUGCCAAAGGGAAAGGGGCCGAAGCAGAGGGCCGAAGCAGCCGCAGCAAGGGAUGGAGAAGGGUUCAAGACGAUUUGGACAACAACGAGGGAGUCAUUCUGGACGGAGGAGCAUAUGGACUACAAGCCGCUGGCGGAGACGAGCCAGGGCGUGGGUAG